AUGCUCAUUGCUAACCAACAAUUGAAUUGCUUCCUUUUAUUGUGUUUUCUUGUUUCAGCAUUGCAAAAUCAAACUAUAUUCCAAGAACAAAGAAAAGGCUUUGAUAAGACUGAAGACUAUUUAAAGCACAAGAUCAGAAAUAGACUUCAAGGGACCAACUUGAUCGACAUGCACAUUUUACAAGAAACAAGUGCAGAGGGAUCCAUUCCAGCUCCUCAGAUGAAGCUUAAAAGAGCCCAACUUGCAGAUGAUCUGACUGAAAAAAUUGUUCUCAGACCAGGUCUCCUGGAAUUGGUGGAGAAGACUAGAAUUCCUGUCGACUCCACUAUGAAAGAGCCUGUGAAAGAUGCUUUUGCCUUUGAUGAGGACAGCAGCAAUGAUGAACUCUAUCCAGAACAGACACGAAGUAAAGAUUCACAGGGAUCUAAUAGUUUCCUACCUGACACAAAAGUCACAGAGGCCUCUUCAACCAUCCCAACAGAAACAACUCAGGAUCUUAUCUCUGGCUCAGAAAAUGAUAGAAAUGAACCAGUAUCACACUCCAUCAACCAAUCAGAUAACAUGAAGCAGGUGAAUGGCCCAUUGAACUCACCCAUCCCUGUGCCUGCCGUGGUAAAGUCUAAGUCCUUUAGUGAAAGCAAAAAUCGGCACAAAAAAACAAAGGAAACCAAACCAAAGGUGAAGAAGCUCAAAUAUCAUCAGUACAUUCCCCCUGAUCAAAAGGCAGAAAAAUCUCCUCCACCCAUGGACUCUGCUUAUGCGAAGCUUCUGCAGCAGCAACAACUUUUCUUACAAUUGCAAAUCCUCAGCCAACAGCAACAGCAGCAAAGAUUCAGCUACCCAGGACAUCAUCAAGCUCAGCUAAAGGAACCUAAUGAAGAAUUGAUCAGAAAUCCAAACUCAGCAGUUUCUAUAAGAAAUACUUUUCUGUCUCCUGUCAAAACUACUUUUUCUGGACAAACUGGCAUUUCUUCUCUCAAGCUUGGUCCUCUUCCAUCAAAUCUGGAUGAUCUGAAGGUCUCUGAAUUGAGACAACAACUUCGAAUAAGGGGUCUACCUGUCUCUGGCACUAAAACAACACUCAUGAAUCGUCUUCGACCUUUCCAGGACUGCCCUGGAACCACAGUGCCAAACUUUAGUGACAUAACUACUAUCACUUUUCCUGUCAACCCAGCCAAUACUCUAACCAAUUAUCAGUCCUCCUCUACUAGUGUCUUAACUAAUGGCUUCUAUCACUUUGGUAGUACCAGCUCCACACCGCCUAUUUCCCCAGCUUCAUCUGAUGUCUCAGUCACUGGAUCUCUACCAGAUACAUUCAAUGAUACUUCACCAUCAUUUAUUCUGCAGCCCUCUCCUGUCCAUAUUUGUGCAGAGGAGAGCCUAAUGAGCAGCCUCAAUAGUGGAUGCAUUCAGUCUGAUUUAGAUGUAAUUGAUUCUGAAAAGGACAAGAUGUUAGUAGAGAAGCAAAAGGUAAUUAAUGAACUUACCAUGAAGCUACAGCAAGAGCAAAGACAAGUGGAAGAGUUGAGGAUGCAACUUCAGAAGCAGAAGAGGAAUAAUUGUACAAAGAAGAAACAGUCACAGACACAUUUCUUUGGUGUUCCCAUUAAAAAAGAAGAUACUGUAUGCAGUUGCCCUUUUCCAUCAAAACAAACAUCUGUGAAAAUACAGAAUAAUAGUUCAGAGAAAGAAUUAAAUACUCAAUGCCUUUCCCUUCUAAACAAUCAUUGUGUAGAGACUAUGGGACAGACCAAUGUACUUUCUUCCACAUUUCUUAGUCCUCAGAAUUCUCCCCAACAUUCUCCUCUUGGAGCUGCAAAAAGUCCACAACAUAUCAAUCAGUCUCCAUCACCCAACAACCAUUACCUCCUCUCCUCAUCUUCUAGCUCCCAAGAAGAAAGACAUAAUGGCCUCUCACAAACUCAAAGCCAAAUGUGUUCCAUUCAGAGGUCAAAAGUACAAGAUCACAGUAUUUCAGGCUUCUCUCCUGAAUCAUCUAGCCUCCACACUCCUUUCUUUGGCACCCAGUCAAACAGUAGCCAGAUUACCAGAGGCAAUGCUUCUUCCAAAAGCCCUGAUGCAAAACACAAGCAAAUGAUUCAAAGUCAACAAAUGGAUGAACUCCUUGAUGUCCUCAUUGAAAGUGGAGAAAUGCCAGCAAAUGCCAAAGAAGAUCAUUCAUGUUUUCAAAAAGUACAAAAGAUAACUGGAUCUUCUCAAAGUCUUCUCCACAAGUCUUCUGGUCCAUUUGAACAUAUCUCUUCAGCAGCCCAAUUUUCUUUUGAUCACUGCACAACUAAUAGUGACAAUCACUUUGAAGUUUUAUUGAAUUCUCAUAGUCCCUUGGGUAAGGUCAGCGAUAUCACACUUCUAAAAAUUGGAAUUGAGGAAUUUCAAUUUGAAGGGAUGAUGGAUAGAGUCUCUGGCAAAGCAACAGAUGAAUUUUUAGGUUCUCAUGAGAUCUUGCCAGCUCCUCUCUCUCCCAUUCAGCCUCAACUUUCACCUUCUUCCAUAGAUGGAACAGGUUUACAGAUGAGUUUAACAGAAUCUCCUUGGGAAACUAUGGAGUGGCUAGACCUUACCCCACCAAGUUCUACCACAGACUUUAGUUCUCUUACAGCCACAGGACCAAGCAUCUUCAACAGUGAUUUCUUGGAUAUUACUGAUCUCAGUUUGAACAAUACUAUGGACCUUCACUUACAACAGUGGUAAAAUAACAAAUUUACAAUUUUAAGUAUUAGCAGGAAUGCAUUGAAGGAUAAUCACCAAUGCCUUUAUUAAUAAUAGAAGAGAUAAAGUAAAAAAGAAACAAUAACUCCAGCCAAUGGGAAAUGGAUUCUAUUAUAUAAUGUUUAUCAAUCGUUUGUUACUGAAAAUGAUUCAAACUAUAUCUUUCAUUGUUGGCUUUUUUUAGAGUUCAGAUGCAAAGAAUGUCUUUCAAUGCCUCUAAGAAUCUUAUUUUUAAAAAAACAGGAUUUUUCUCAAGCAU